AUGUCCUCCCCCCCUACGAUAGGUAGUGUUGACCUUGAAUCUGUACUUAAUGUUGGUCGUCGAAGUUUAAUACCAAUUGAUGAAACAAGUUUACCUUGUCAACAGUACGUAUAUACAGACACAAUUUAUUUAAAACGUCAAUGUAAUUCUAAUUCAUUAUUUUCAAUUGAUUCUCAAAUACUUAUUUUCGGUGAAUUACAAUUUUUAUAUAAUAUAUUUGAACGCUAUAAGUCAACUAUAACUGUUUCUGAUAAUUCAAAUGCAAGAAAAUUUCCGGUUACUGUGAAAGAAAAUCAAAAUGCUGAUGAGAAUGACACGACUACAUCAACAAUUGUUUCAAUAAAUCAAAAAACACCUUCAUCUAUUCAAUCAUCAUCUGCACUAAAAGUACCAGGUAGUGAAACAACAAAUAAAAGAUUGAAUCUUAUCGGACGUACGCAAAGAACUUAUUCAAUCACUGGUGAUUAUUUUGGACAACGUCUUGAAGGGAAACAUUAUGGUUGUAUUGAAUUACCAAAUAUGAAUUUGAUUGAAAUUCUUGAAAUACUUCUACAUACCGAUUUAGAAUUAGUUCAUGAAUCGAAUAAUUAUGAUAAAGAAAAUGUUCUUCAUCAAAAAUUAAUUUUUUCAAAACCAAUUCAAUCAUCACAUAGAUUAGGACAAUCAUUUCAUUCAAGACGCCCAUCAUUUCUUGGUACUUAA